AAAAUCAUAUCAAAAUGGGGCUUAUUUGACUCAAGAAUUAAAAGAAAAUUUAAUUAUAGGAGGUGGAUUACGAGGAUAUUCAAAAACACGUUGGACAACAGCAUUUGAUUGUCUUGCAUCAAUAAAAAGAUGUGAAAAUGCAUUUUAUAGUCUUUUAGAAAAACAUCCAGAAACUCUUAGAGAUGAUAUCAAAUCUUUAUUAAGAAAUCGUAUUUUUUUUCAAGAUGUAGAAGAAUUAAUCAAAUUGCUUAAACCAAUUAAAGAAGUUAUAGUUUCUUUGGAAUAUAAAUCUACUUCUUUAUCCGAUUGUUUUAUUCAAUUAAUGAAACUUGGAAUUGCAUUCAAAUCAUAUCCUACUAUAACAAAUGUCUUAUUUCGAUCAUAUUGUAUUGAUAAAUUUAAUCAUCGAAAAGGAUUUAAAUCUGAUGUUUUUAGACAAAUUUGUCAUACAGCUCUUGAACUUUGGAAACAUAUGGAUGGAGGAGAUAUUACAGCAAAUAUAUUAAUAGCACAAUUAUUAGCAUAUAGAAAUUUUUCAAAACCAUACGAAUUUCAAUAUGUUCAAGAAAUGUAUAAUAUAGAAACUUGGUGGAAAAUGAUAGAACCACAAGAUA